AUGGGGUGUGGUGCAUCGAGUGUGGAGCCGCAGAAAACUCCUCUCGUCCAAUCCCGUCGUAUGACCAGAGAUGACACGCAGUUAAGCAAAGUCCCUGUGAGCAAGGGGGACAUGAACCGCAUGGCUCGGAAUGAGUCCACGACCACUGAUGAUCCUAAACCUACUGACCAGGAUGACUUCUGUAGAAUAAUAGGCCGUGCAGUGCAUGAGCUGCACAUGCGGCAGCGCGGUGGACCCACAGCACUUGACGCGGAUGAGACAGAGGCUAUGUUACUGCUCUCGCGGGAGCUGGACAACAUGCGUGCGAUGCUCAGGUCGAAGAAUGUGACUGCGUUAGGGACGUGGCAGCUGAUUGAGAAGCAGGGUGAUAUGGACCGCUUUGCCCAGGAGAUGUACAAGGACAUGUUAUCUAAGAGCCCGAGAACGGUGGCACUGUUUUAUGGUGUUGAAAUGGGUGAGCAGGCGAUUACGUUUAGCAGGAUGCUUGCAACGGCUAUUUAUCUAUACGAGAAGCCAGACGUGGCGCAACAAAUACUCACAUCAGUGGGGGCACGUCAUCGUGCAUAUGGUGUUACAAUGGAACACUAUAAACUGAUGCGGGAUUCCUUUUUUGAAGUAUUUCCACGGUUUGUAAGCAAGAGUGUAUUUGAGGGGUCUCAGAAUGAAUGGAUGGGUUUCUGGUCAACGCUACUGGAAUCUGUUGAGCGUGGCAGUGAAAGUGCCCGCGGGGAAAGGUAUGGAAAGAUCCAUGAAAGUGAGACUGUGAAACGCUUACAGGAGGAAUUUGAACUUAUUUGCGAACGUCAGAAGGGGCUUGAGGUGCCUAAACGUUUUGUUGGUGUUAUGUAUGCCAAGGCUAUUGACAUGAACAGUAGUUUGGCUGUUUUUGAUGCCCUCAAGGAUCUUCGUUCUGGUCGGCGUAUAUUCCAGUCUAUAACUGAUAUUAUCACUGGCCUGGAUGAUGAGGAGAAGAUGAAAGAGUACCUGCUGGAGCUGGGUGCCCGGCAUGUGGCGUACAAUGUCACAACCGAACAGAUGCGGAUGUUCACUGAACCCUUUAUUUACGCGUGCCGUCACUUUCUUGAAAAUGAAUGGAAUGUGGCGAUGGAGUCCCGCUUCAUGUGGGCGUGGGAAUUCAUGUUGAAAUGGCUUUCAUCUGGAAUGGAAGGGAAUCUCAAGAGUAUGGAGAGCACACGAGCCCCCAACGGCGCGGAACCUUUUUGUCUGCUUUUUGUCGACAUUGAGGGAAGCACGCAGCUGUGGGCGAGAGAUGCACAGUUGAUGGAACUGGCAGUCAAAAAAUACCAUCGCAUUCUGCGUUCUAUCAUUGCUCUUUACAACGCAUACGAGGUGAAGACAAUUAGAGAUUGUCUUAUGAUUGCGUGUCAGGACGUAUAUGUGGGUCUUCAGAUAGCCCUCUCGGCUCAGAUGGAGCUAAUGCGCGCAGCCCCCAUAACGCCUGGGUUCAAAAUGCUUGAGCAAACAGAGGGUGGCGGUGAUCCUUCCUGUUGGCGU